UUUUUUUUUUUUUUGCGGAAAUGGGUUUCCUAACAGCCAGAAAGACAUCACCAGGAUAACAAAACCAUAUUACACCUUGUCACAGAAAACCAGAAAGCCUACCAGUCCUCAUACUGGUAUUUCCAGUGGUUGGCAAGGACCGGCAAGAUAGUGCUCUUCUUGGGAUUGUUAUCCAGUUGAUGACAUGUCUCUGUACCGAAAUGCAAUCUGGUUUUUGAAUGGAAUCAACCAAUAUACAAGGAAAGGAUAUGAGGCAGCAUUUAGACACUUUGAUCCCCAGGACCUGGAUGUGUGCGUUGUGGGAAGGUCUUUUAUGAUUACUGGAGCCAACAGUGGAAUUGGCAAGGCAACAGCCAUGGCUAUAGCCAAGAAAGGUGGGACAAUCCACAUGGUGUGUAGGAACCGAGAUAAAGCAGAAGAAGCCAGAGUGGACAUUGUUAGUGAGUCAGGGAAUACGGAAGUGUACAUCCAUAUUGUGGACAUGUCAGAGACAUGCAAAGUCUGGGAGUUUGCAGAGGCCUUUAAGAAGCAGUAUUCAUCCUUGAACGUGUUGAUAAAUAACGCAGGAUGCAUGGUGCACAAGAGAGAGGCAAAUUCUGAGGGUCUGGAGAAGAACUUUGCGACCAACACCAUGGGGGUUUACAUCCUCACCCAGACUCUUAUACCACUUCUACAAAAGAGCCGGGAUCCAAGGGUGAUCACUGUGUCCUCAGGAGGUAUGCUUGUACAGAAACUAAGAGUCGAUGACUUGCAGUCACAAAAGGGCUACUUUGAUGGUGUUAUGGUCUACGCCCAGAACAAGAGACAGCAGGUGGUGCUGACACAACAGUGGGCCAAAGCUAACCCAGUCAUUCACUUUUCUGCAAUGCAUCCAGGCUGGGUAGACACACCAGCUGUUUCUACAUCAAUGCCUCAGUUUCACCAGAUGAUGGGAGAGAGGCUGCGCAGUGUGGCGCAAGGAGCUGACACUGUUGUGUGGUUGGCCUUGUCCAAAGCUGCUGCCAGAACACGCAGCGGGCAGUUCUUUCAAGAUCGUGUGCCUGUUCCUGCCCAUCUGCCUCUGGCCUGGACUCACAACUCUGCUGCAGAGAUUCAGAGUUUCAUGACUCAGCUGGAGACUUUGACCAGAUCCAUUCAGUCACAACCUGACGUAGAGCUCAACAGUCCCUCCAGACCUCAAUUUGUCUGAAUUCUGACACAAAUGUUACACCAUACGUAAACGAAAGCUUUAGUUAUAAUAGGAUCAAUCUCUGUGAUUUGUCUAAUAUAUCUCCUAAUUCUACAAAGCCAUAUGUGCAUAACAGUGCAUAGCUCAGUGUUAUCUGAUUUAUCUGUGAUGUCAACAUGUGGUAAUUGGACUGUAUGUAUUGAAAAUGUUACAAACUAUUGACAAAGACAAACAUAGUUGAAUUGAAUAUAUCAGCAGUUAAGGAACACAUGGUAAAACAUGCCUGUGUUUAUCUAGAUCAGUGGUUCGCAGCCUGUUUCUUUAAGGGACCCCUGUUGUCGAGUAAACUGACAACCCCUGAAUAAGUUACAUCUGGAUAUUUUAUAUUACAUUUAAUGCAUUACAAUAACAUUACAGAACAGAUGAGAUUGUACAAUAACCCAAAUAGUAAACCCAGUAACUGCAGGAAGUUUGUAUAAAAUAGUUAUUUGCACACAUUUUCAACAGAUGACUUUCUGUUAAAGUUGCAUCAGAGAUCAGUUUUUUCUUAUUUUGAGGGACUUCUAAUACUCUUAUCGUUUUUUUUUUCUUUUUAAAUAAUCAUACAUACUAAAUAGGUGCCUUUUUUUUGGACAAUUCUAUUUUGUCUUCUUCCAUAUGCUUGGCCAUUGUUUGAACCCUGUCCUUAAUGCAGAAUGAGGCAGUUCCCUCUCUACAUAGAGCUUGCAUUCAGGUUCAUGUUUAAAAAAUAAAAUAAAAUGCAGCCUGAUGGCCAAGGCUUUGGAGACCCCUAGUGGGGGCCCCAUGUUGGGAACCAGUGAUCCAGAUGAUAAAAAUCAUCUAUUGGGUCAUCUGCUGAAUGUUAUUUUGAUGGAAACAUUGGAAAAGUUUGCUUGCACUGCAAUCAUCAGAAGUGUUUGCAUUUAAGAUAAGCAGCAGAUAUUGUUACUCUUUGUGCUGACACCUAUGAAGUUAACUGUUUGCUCAGUCUAAUGAAUGUGACAUAUUAGUUAUGUGCUCCUGUUUUAAUGUCCCGAUCUUUACAAAGAGACAAUGGCUGACAACAUUUUACUUUUCUUUGUUUAAUAAAGAAGAAACUAUAACCGAA